GGGCCCGAGAUUGUGCUUGGAAUAGUGGUGCACCAUGUCCCGAGGUUCCAGCGCGGGUUUUGACCGGCACAUUACCAUUUUUUCUCCCGAGGGACGGCUCUACCAAGUAGAAUAUGCUUUUAAGGCUAUUAACCAGGGUGGCCUUACAUCAGUAGCUGUCAGAGGGAAAGACUGUGCAGUGAUUGUCACACAGAAGAAAGUACCUGACAAAUUACUGGAUUCCAGCACAGUGACUCACUUAUUCAAGAUAACUGAAAACAUUGGCUGUGUGAUGACAGGAAUGACAGCUGACAGUAGAUCCCAGGUACAGAGGGCACGCUAUGAGGCAGCUAAUUGGAAAUACAAGUAUGGUUACGAAAUUCCCGUGGACAUGCUGUGUAAAAGAAUCGCUGAUAUUUCUCAGGUCUACACACAGAAUGCUGAAAUGAGGCCUCUUGGUUGUUGUAUGAUUUUAAUUGGUAUAGAUGAAGAGCAAGGCCCUCAGGUGUACAAGUGUGAUCCUGCAGGUUACUACUGUGGGUUUAAAGCAACUGCAGCAGGAGUUAAACAAACUGAGUCAACCAGCUUCCUUGAAAAAAAAGUAAAGAAGAAAUUUGACUGGACCUUUGAACAGACAGUGGAAACUGCGAUUACAUGCCUGUCUACUGUUCUAUCAAUUGAUUUCAAACCUUCAGAAAUAGAAGUUGGAGUAGUUACAGUCGAAAAUCCUAAAUUCAGGAUUCUUACAGAAGCAGAGAUUGACGCUCACCUUGUUGCUCUAGCAGAGAGAGACUACACUGUAGUUAGUUUACCAAAUCCGUGACGC